AUUGUAGCCGGGGCUGCUGUCCAGGAAGUAGGGCGCUGUGCGCUGGUUCUCUUGCCCAUAUAUGGAAGAGGCGGUGACAGAGCACACCUGGUGGGGGUGAGACAGAGGUAAACAGGCUGAAGGAGAAGGUGCUGCAGCAGAACCAGGGAGCCGGCGGGCCCUCAGAGGACCUGGACCUGGCCAAGGAUGAAGCUUCACGAGCUCAGGAGAGCUUAAAGAUCCUGACAGAGAAGAGCCAGGCUGAACGCAGGAGGUGGCAGGAGGAGAAGCUGUCUCUGAUUGGUCAAGCCAAAGAGGCAGAAGACAAGAGGAACCAGGAAAUGAGGAAGUUUGCAGAAGACCGAGAGCGCUACUGCCGCCAGCAGAGCCUCUUAGAGUCCAAGCUGCUGGAGAAGGAGGCGGCCAUGGAGAGCUGGAGGAAGGAGAGGGACGCCCUGGUUGCUGCCCUGGAGGUGCAGCUGCAGAAGCUGCUGUCCAGCCAAGCAGAGAAAGACAAAGUCAUGAAGGAGCUGAGUGAGCAGAGCUCAAAGCAGCCAGCAGAGGUCAGUGUGGCGCCACCGCUUCCUUCCUCCUACGUCCUGCUGUCUCCCGAUCUACGAGCAAACACCCGGAUCCCUCAUAAGCGCUCGGAGGAAGACGCUCCGCAGUCAUCUUUACGUUGACAACUGUCUGGACUACUUUGGCGAGCGGUAAGUUUAAAAUAUAUAUGAAUAUUCUCUCUUUGUUUAUUACAAAUACCGAGCAUGCUGCAAAGACGGCAGAUUGAUACGAACUCUUUCUGUUACCGUCUCGGUUUUAGCCGUUGUGUCUGUC